CGCACUAUUUUCACAUGAAGAACCUCCUUCCACUGCUUCUGAACACUGUGUAAUAACUUCCACUUUCAUGUGGUUUUAGCCACAUGUAGAAUGCAAGCACAGUUGGGUUUUCAUUUGACUAACUGCAGAUAUCAGAUGGCCAUCACUCAACCUCUGGCCUCUCAGCAAGGCGUUGAUGUGGAGUAGCAAAAGCUCAUUUUGUCGUUGGUUUACCCACAUAAUAGAGAAGAUCAUGUCAAGAUUGUGUUGCUGAGCAAGCAGUUGAAGCAGUCAGGAGAGAAGCUCACAUGGUAGAGCUAGCUAUGGUGUUCGAAGUUAUGGCUGAGAAUGCUCUGGGUUUGAUUUAAGAGGAGCUGAAUCUGCACAUGACCAAGAGACGAAUCGAAACCCUCAGUGUCAAGAAUUGGACAGGAAACAUUUGUGUGCUGGUUUCCAGUUCGAUUGUGCGGCUGUUGCGCAAGUUUUGUUGCCAAUUGUAAUGUAUGGAGAGAGGAAAAGAAGCCUCGUAUUCCCAGAGCUGCCGUCAUCGGUUGGCGAGCCGGUUUCCAAGUGCAAAAGUGAGCACGUCAGUAAUGGUUGUGGUGCUCCUAAGCCUCCUCACCUUCAAAUGGACGGAGUUUAUGAGCGUCGCAAGCUAUGCAUACAACAGUGCAACAUUCAACUCGGUGAAGCAAGUUGGAGAUGAGGAUGAAUUCGCCUUCGGUAUUCUUGGAGUCCCUUGGUGCAGGACAAGGACAAAGAACAUGGUGAACUGGACCAGAGCCGAACUUCUCCAAGAAUUAUUCGUGUUUGUAGAGAUUUAUAAAACACGACCUAUUGUCAACAACUCUAAUGGAAUGGGCUUCGACCACUCUUUUGGAUUGUGGUUCAUUGCUCGAAAAUUGCAGCCUGUGCUAGCGAUCGAGAGCGGUGUGUUCAAGGGGCAUUCGACGUGGGUACUUCGGCAAGCCUUACCAAAUGUGCCCAUAGUUGCAAUAAGCCCUAAACAUCCAGGGCAUUAUGCUAGAAAAGGUUCCGCAUACGUCGACCCUAACUGCCAAUACUUCACAGGUAGGAAGUUCACCGAUUUUGAAGAUAUCCAUUGGUCUUCAGUGUUAACUGAGCACAACGUUACAGACGCUUCUGCCGUGCUAAUUUUCUUCGACGAUCACCAAAACCAGCUUAGACGAAUUGAGGCGGUUCGCAAAUUUGGCUUCCAGCACCUGGUGUUUGAGGACAAUUACGACACAGGCACAGGAGAUCACUACUCAAUGCGCCAAAUCUGCGACCAGUAUCAUGUUCCAGGUGGAGGCCACGAUUGCUCCGACGGAGAGCACGAAGCGCUAGUCCGGAUGCGAAGGCAAGGGCGCUGGGAGAAGGCCAUCAACAUCAGUGAGCUCUGUGGGGAUGACGGCGACUGGUGGGGCGUGCAAGGCUAUGCUCGGGAUAAUUUCGGUCACAAGCAUCGCAAGAUUCCUCACUCUCAACACUUCGAGAAUGGCAGGUAUGUUGAAGAAAUCCUUGAUGCUUAUUGGGAGGUGCCUCCUGCAGCUAGCCCGCUCCUCACAGAUCAGACUCGCUAUGACCCAGCAAGGACUGUGUCUCCCAUACUCCUCAGUGGGGACCAGGCCCUCUUUCAAGAGCUUGGCCUUGAAGACGUCCCCAGAAAUGCCUUCAAUGCCUACACACAAAUGGCGUAUGUAAAGCUUCUGAUACCAACUGAUCCUGAAGAGGAUUUAUUAUAUCAGCAGGUUCCCAGUGAUUGAAUGCUGCAAAACGCAGUACCUGCUUCAGUAACGUGUGUUCAAAUAUUUAUUAAUAUUUUAUUUUGUUGUAUUUAGUAA